AUGGGCAAGACCGGCAUUAGAAACAUUUGUACAGUCUCUCUGGAUAUCCCGGCGGAGAAGCAGCCACAGCUUCAUAAUCGCUGGCAUCCAGAUAUUCCAUUUGCAGCAACUAUCAAAAAUGGAGAAACUGUGAAGAUUGAAUGUGUCGACUGGACUGGGGGACAAAUUGGCAAUAAUGAUAGUGCCGACGAUGUCAAAAAUGUCGAUCUAACCAAGAUUCAUUACCUCUCGGGACCAUUUGAGAUCGAAGGUGCCGAGCCUGGAGAUGUCUUGCUCGUUGAGAUUAUGGAUGUUCAGCCACAUGAAGCACACCCUUGGGGAUUCGUUAGAGUAUUCGAGAAAAACAACGGUGGUGGUUUCCUGGAUGAGAUCUAUCCUUCAGCAGCCAAAGCUAUCUGGGAUUUCGAGGGCAUCUACUGCACUUCUCGCCAUCUGCCACACGUAAAAUUCCCGGGCUUGAUCCAUCCUGGCAUCCUUGGCUGCGCCCCCUCCGCUGAGGUUCUUUCAACUUGGAACAAGCGAGAAGGUGAGUUAAUCGCAGCAAACAAGCUUGACCGAAUCGUUGCCCAGCCCCCCAAUCCACAGAACGUCCACGCUGGCUCGGCUAGUGAGGACAUCAAAGAGAAAGUUGGGCGCGAGGGAGCGAGAACCAUCCCAGGACGCCCUGAACAUGGAGGUAACUGCGACAUCAAGAACCUCAGCCGCGGUAGCAAGGUAUACCUACCAGUCCAUGUCCAAGGCGCCAAAUUCAGUGUCGGAGAUCUCCAUUUCUCACAAGGAGACGGAGAAAUAUCUUUCUGUGGUGCUAUUGAGAUGUCCGGCGUGAUCACUAUCAACUUCACAGUGAUGAAAAAUGGGAUGAUGGAUCUGGACAUGAAGUCUCCGAUCUAUUUACCCGGCCCAGUAGAGCCGCAUUAUGGUCCAGGGAGGUACUUGACUUUUGAAGGAUUCUCGAUUGAUCAGCAUGGGAAGCAGCAUUAUAUGGACGUUACUGUAGCGUACAGGCAGACAAUCCUACGGUGUAUUGAGUACCUCCGCCGCUUUGGAUACUCAGACUAUCAGGUUUACUUGCUUCUGUCAUGUGCCCCAGUCCAAGGACAUGUUGCAGGAAUUGUUGAUAUUCCAAACGCUUGCACCACUCUCGGCCUGCCCAUGGAUAUCUUUGACUUCGACAUCUCGCCCAUCGGACCAGCCAAGAAACUAGACAUGGGCAGCUGUGCAUACGAGACUGGCGUCACGGAAGGCCUGGUGACCAAUGGUGGAGGGAACAGUGAGCAUAGUUUUGGUGGUGGGUUGACAUUCAAGGAGAAGAAUAGUGUGGUUGAGGGGCUAAAGGAGAAGGUCAUGGGGUCUUGA